UUCCUUCCAAUGAUGUCACAGCUCAACUGCAUUUGGUGCCCUCUCAAAGGACAAAAGCAGACAGGGACGCCUUGCGGGCCCUUCCCCUGGCCCGCCCCGGCCUGCCCGCAGGACGUAUGGCUCCCGUCACCGUCUGGACCACAGCUGCUAGGGACAGUCAAAGCAUGAGAAUCAAAGUGGAGCAUAUGUCAUCGCCUUCACCAGCCUGUCUCCAGAAGCACAACCAGUCCUCGCAGCUGGUCCUCUGGGGACCAGCUGUCACGGCGAUGUGGUGGCGCUGUCCCCAGGCGGCCGAGCAUCCCGGGCUUCUCUUUGGGCAGGCCUGGACCAGGGCCUUAG